ACCGAGACAAUGACAAAUCAAAGAGCCGUGUAUGUUUCUCGUGGCAAAAGGGAAGCUGCGCGAAAGGAGAGGCAUGCAGAUUUGACCAUGUUCCAAAAGCGUAUUCGAGACGAAUCUGUUGAUGGAGAGAAUCAGACGCUGGAACAAGAAAAUUGCGUACCGUCGUCCUCAAUUUUGCCAGUUCCAAAAGUAAACAAUAAUCAGUGCUAUGCGUGGAUGAAGGGAACUUGCACCAGAGGGGAGGAAUGCCGGUUUCUUCACGAUGCUAACACCCCGAGUUCAAGACAGCGUCACGUUGAUAAAGAACACCACGCAAAGUUAGCGAAAGCCGAAGAAGCUAGGAAAGAAAAUGGUCGCCUGCGUCAGGAGGAAACCCAGAGGAAGAGAGACGAAGAGCGGCGCAGACAAGAGGAAGCCCGGGUCCGUCAGGAAGAAGUACAGCGUCGAAUCGAUGAAGAGCAGCGCACAGCAGAUGCCCAGCGGACCCAUCAAUGCAUCGUCUUUGGGUCCAUCGUUACCUUCAGCUCCGGCCUUGCCAUACAGAAUAUAAUCGCCGGCUUCGACUCUUGCAGAAUUCGGGUCAAGAAUAUUCCUCGCGAUACCCGCCCGAACGAAAUCCAGGAUCUCUUCAUACAACAAGGCCUCGAUAUGUCCGAAUUCCAUGUCGUGUCCGUGAACAGUACCGGUAACGGUAAGCAGGAUGUCGAUAUCGUUACCACUGUUACUGUCGCGCAGAGGUUAGCCGCAAGUCUUGAAGGAAUGGAAUUCAGAAACGAAUGGCUGGAAUUUGAAAUUGGCACAUUCAAUCAGCCUGGUGGUAUGGGUGUGUUGACGCCUCGAGAUGAGAACGUCCUCACCAUCUCAUGCCGAGCCCCGUCUAGGACCUUCAUCGUCGAGUAUCCUGACAUGGCAACUUGUCAUUCAAAGGUGACAGAAUUGAAUGGUCGCAUUUGUUCCGGCAGAAGGAUGAAGGUUGAGAUGAACCAACCACCUCCUGGUCGUCACAAUUUCCGACCGAAUACAAUCAAGAUCUCUAAUGUCCCUGAUAUUCCUUUGGCCUCAGUAUGCGUUUUCGCCCAGUCCAAUUGUGAGGAUGUCAGGCUUCUCAAGUCUCACAGUUUCAACGUUGAUGCCGCCUCUCGUCAGCUACAACGGCAUAUUGAAGAGGUCGGUGGCGUUGAGGUUCAGGCAUUUGAUGUAACCUCCCGAGGCGACACCGGAGCCGGAAUAUUCUCCGCACGUGUUCGUUUCGACAGCCGGGAUAGCGCCAAAAAGGCUCAAAACGUCCUAGCCAAUCGACGUUUUGAUUUCAUUGGUAACUCCAUGUUCUGGUUCAAACUACCACCACAGGAGCUUUACACCAUCAUCAUCUCGCCAGAUCAGUAUCACGCCCAAGUCAGCCUUUGGACAGAAUUACAGGAGAGUAUCAAAGAUCGCAAAGCAUGUGAUCUCUUCAUUCGUCAGAUGCCUCGUGGGGACUUUCGCAUUCAAGUAUCAGGAGCUGUCAGGGCUGCCGUCGGUGCUCUCAAAGUACGUGUCGAGAGUCUUGCUGCUGGUGAAAAGCUUGAUCAAUGGCACGAGCAUCUGGUGUGGCCACCGGCUGCUCUGAAGAAGAGGAUGGCAGAUGCGGGUGCUUUCAUGCGGGCAGAUUUCAGGGCGCGUACCAUUAAAUUAUACGGAAAUUCGGUAGCCAUCACGCAAGCCAAAACGAUCUUGAAAGAAGAGCUCGAUCGUCUUAUGUCGCUACAAUUUUCGCUGAAGCUCGAGCGUCGAUCGGUGGGAUACUUCCUCCGCACUGGUCUCAGUGAGAUGAAGAAGGUAUUCGGAGAAGACUGCGUUGACCUCGACAUCCGCUUAGCGAGAAUCACUAUCCGAGGUGGUGAAGAAGUCAGACUCCACCUGAAGAACCACAUCGCCGAGUCUCUAAAGACGGUUAUUGUCCAAGUCGCACCAGGAACUCAUACCUGUCCCGUCUGCUAUGAUGAAGCCUCCGCACCAUUCCAGCCAGUCUGUCAGCAUGUCUAUUGUACAGCGUGUAUCCGACAUUUCUUGACGUCCGCAGCGGAGACAGGUAUAUUCCCUUUGGUAUGCAUGGGCAAUGAUGCGACCUGCGGCAUUCCGAUAUCCAUUCCUGUUCUUCAGAAGUUUUUGCCUCAGAGCUCUUUCGAACAUCUCCUCGAGACGGUCUUUACAUCAUAUGUCGAUAAACAUCCCCAGGUGUUUGGGUAUUGCAAGACCCCAGAUUGUAUGCAGAUCUAUCGCAAGUCGGAAUCUCCAUCUCUUUUGCGCUGUCCGUCGUGCUUCUCCGAAAUAUGCUCAUCCUGUGGCGAAGAUUCGCACGUGGGAAAGAGUUGUGAAGAGGCCCGAAAUUCUAAUAGUGCGGCUGAGCAAGAGAAGUUAACUGAGGCUUGGAUUAUGCAGCAGAGCGGAAUCAAGAAAUGUCCAUCGUGCUCGCGUUUACUGGAAAAGAUCGCAGGAUGUAAUCACAUGCAGUGCCGGUUCGUAUGCGGAGCCCACAUUUGCUGGCGGUGCAUGGGUAUUUUCCCCCCGAACGAGAUCUACGGGCACAUGAAUACCGAGCACGGGGGGUUCUAUACUGCCGAUCCCACUCCCGGUGCAAAUAAUAACGUGCCUCUAGACCCCUUCCGGGGUGUUGAUUAUGACGAACAAGUAUGGUUCCUCCAUGAAGUGGAGGUUCGUCGGCAACAACAACUGGAGCAGCGCCAGCGUAUGGAUCAGGCACACCAGCAACAUAUACGAGAGGCUCUGAGAACAAGGGAAUAUGCGGCCCGACAACAGAGCUCUUUUUGUGUCAUAAUGUGA